CUUUAGUUUGUUUUUCUUGGUUUUGUUUUGCGUUAUUGUCGAGUUGCGUGAAUAAUAACUUUUACAAAAUUUGUAUUUUGUGUUACUUCAUCUAACUAAAUUUAUAUUUAAAAACAUUAGUGGUCCAGUGUAUGUGUGUACAAGAUAUUAAAUAAUGGCUGCAGCACCAGUGGAAUUGUCGAUUGUAGAAAUAAGAAAAUACAUGCUCAGUAACGAUUUCAAGGUGACAAAUCAUGCGUUGGUUAAGCAUUUCAAGCACUUUCUCACCAAACCCGAUACCCAAAACGAGGCGCGCAAGCUAUUUAAAGUUUACGUAAAUAUUUUGGCUACCAUUAAAAAUGAAAAUAAUCAAAAGUAUUUAAUAUUACGUAAAAAGUACAUAAAUGAACUGCCACCCGAUGACGUUGUUCAGCGGGCAGUAGCUGCAGCUGGCGCUGAAGCUAUGCCUAGUAGCCCCGGUGGCAUGUCAUUGAUAUCGGAAAGCGCAAUGGUGUCGCCAAUACGACAGCCUCCACCAUACGUGCCACCGCCUGAAGUAACAACACCCAACGUGAACUGCGGUUGUUUAGAUAAAAUAGUGGAAGUAGCCACAAUAGAAACCAGUAAAACAGCAAAGGCAGUAUUUGCAGAGCCUGAAAUGCAUGCGUUAGAAACAAAUAAAAAUCAAGAAGAAAAAAAAGAAUCAGAGGUCGAAAAGCGUUUACAAGCCAUUUUGAAAGAGGAACAACGAGAGGAUAAAGAAAAUAUUCCGCGCUUCUCGUUUUCCUCUGCAGAUUCGGCAGCUUCAGUUAGCAGCAAGUCCAGUAAGGAAACAAUUGACUCAGACGUCGAUCCUCCCGGCAAUAAUGUAAGCGUAAAAGAGGCUACUCGUAAAUAUAAUCGGCUUGUGUCUGAGGAAGAAGCAAAAGCAGCUGUGGUAUCACCUUCAGCUAAAAAGAAACCCGAAGAAAAAGAAGAGUUUGGUCAGUGUUACAUAACGAAAUUUCUUGACUAGCUAAUGUGAAAUGUCGGAUAUGGCCCUUGCUUUAGAAAGCCAAGCAAGCCAAGCGCAAUCAACCACAACAAUAAAAAUGCAAAACAAAAUGUGCUCAAAUUAUGCAAGCUCGGAGGAAAACAUCAACCUGAGCGAAUGUGAUUCUGAUAAAAAUAAAAUAAAAAUUUGCUUGAACGAAAUACAAAAACCCAGUGUACCUAGUUAAUAUUAUUAUUAUUAUUUAUUAACAAAUUAACCAAAUUAUUACGUUAAUAUUGAGCGCGCAUUAGCUGCCAGGACUAUCAGCUCUACAA